AUGAGGUCCCCAGCGGAUUGGCGGGACUCGUCGAAAUGGUGCGACUUCCACCAAGACCACUGCCACACCACUCGAGAUUGUCGGGGUUUGCAUGAUGAAGUGGUUGAGUUGUUGAAUCGUGGACACCUCAAGAAUGUGCUGAUCGAAAAGGCUGCAAAGAGGAAUGCUCCAAAGGCUGUCAAUCCAAUCCUCCGAUCCACAGAACCUGUCACACCGUCGUCCGGUCAGAUUAUAAGUUUCAUUGAUGAUGAAGCAACGAAAUUACUCAAUCCACAUCAUGAUGCUUUUGUAAUCUCUAUUCUUGUUGCUAAUUAUAUGAUUAAACGUGUCUUAAUUGACAAUGACAGCUUGACGAAUGUCCUCUUCCUAAGUUGUCUCAAAGCAAUGAAAAUCGACUAA